GAAUGGGGUGGUGAGUGUGGCAGGCGUUUCAUACCAACAAGAUUGAAUCAGUGCUAAUCAUGGGCUUGCAUGGGUUCUCGGACUUGGCGUAACACUUCUGUCACCAGGUGGCCCUGAUACCUGUGUAGAUCCGAGAGGAUGGCUCUUUCAUUUUCUGACUACAUGGAGGUAAUGACAGAUUAUGAUGAUGCUGAUCGCUCCUUGAGGUCACGACUACAUGCUAAUCUGACCGAAAUUGUCCACACAGGAGACCUGGAAGCUGUAAGGCACUAUCUAGAGAGAAAUACAGACAAACCAGAUUACGUUGUUCCCUUUACAUUAGCUUACAGAUAUGGCAACGUUGACAUGGCCCAUUUGUUCUUGUCCCUCGGAGUAAAAAUUAGUAGGAUAUCAAAACCAACAAUAAGUUCAAAUUGCUGUAUAUUGAAUUGGCCUAUCAUACAGGCAUGCUGUUCAGGUUCAGCUAAGCUUGUGCAGCUUCUCAUCGAUGGAGGAUGUGAUGUCAAUGUUACUGAUGAUGAAGGUAACACAGCUCUUCAUCAUGCCUGUGAACACGAACAUGUCUCGGUAGCUCGUGUGUUGAUUGAAGCUGGAGCAAAUGUUAACAAAUUAAACUGUGAAUAUGCUUCUCCUUUACUGGCACCCAUCCAUGUACCGAACAUUGAACUGAUGAAGAUGUUGCUGGAGGCUGGAUCUGACCCUAAUGUGCUUGGAGGUGAUUGUCUUCGCUGCUGUAUUGCAUUAAACAGCCUAGAAGGGGUGGAACUCUUAUACAAAGAGACCAAACUCUGUGUGUAUGAUAUUGAUGGUUUGAGUACAAGAUUGAGGCUCCUGAAAGCCCGAAAAAAUCUGAGUGCGACAGACUUGUCCCCAGUAGCUGCAGACAACAUGGCUAUACCUCCACUACACAUGGCGUGUAGUAUGGACAGGUCAGACUCCUGGAAGAUCGUGGAACUGAUCCUGAAGAUAGGAGCUGAGAUCCAUAGGGAAGAUUAUGCUGGCUUCAAUUGCUUACAACAUGCUUGUUCCAAUGUCAAUGUAGGGAUCAUACAUUUACUCUUGGCCUACGGAGUUAACCCAGGGAGUGAGGGUUGGAAGCCAUUAUGGAGGGUUUUCUCUCCAGGUUUAUCACAGCAACAUGCUGAAAUCUACUUCAAAUCUUUAAAACUCAUUGUGAUGGCUGGGUUUGAGAUGGAUGAGGAGUCUGCGAGGGUAUUCAGUGCAGCUGUAGAAGAAUCCGAUCUGUCAGACAUGGGGAAGAUGGAGUUUAUAGCCUUCAUCCAUGAGUGUAGCUCCACACCACUCAGGCUGACCUCUCUGUGCAGGAUAAAGAUUCGCCAGUGUAUUCCGGUCAACAUUGAUCUCAACAUUAAGAGACUUGAAUCCAGGCUACCAGCUGCAUUCCUGGGAUAUCUGAGGUUUUCUGAUAUCUUUGAUGUGAAAUCUUUCCGGAUGUUCAGCAGAGCUGUGGAAGAUUGUUCCAAACUUUCCACUGAAGAUCGAAAACAUUUUGUUAGCCUUGUGACUCGGUGGAGGCUGCUGCCCAUGGAUCUCAAAGAGCUUUGUCGUGUGAAAUUACGGCAGCAAAUGUUGAUAAAUGUGUCGAACAGUUGCAGCCUGACUUACCACGGAGACUUGAUGGCUCUUUCGUUUUCUGAACGAACCACUGACUACAUGGAGGUAAUGACAGAUUAUGAUGAUGCUGAUCGCUCCUUGAGGUCUCGACGACACGCAGAACUGACAGAAAUUGUCCACACAGGAGACCUGGAAGCUGUAAGACACCAUCUAGAGAGACAUACACACACCGAAACAGACAAACCAGAUUACGUUGUUCCCUUUACAAUAGCUUGCAGAUAUGGCAACGUUGACAUGGUCCAGUUGUUCUUGUCCCACGGGGUAGAAAUUAGUAGGAUAUCAAAACCAACGAAUAGUUCAAACUGUUGUAUAUUGUAUUGGCCUAUCAUACAGGCAUGCUGUUCAGGUUCAGCUGAGCUUGUGCAGCUUCUCAUCGAUGAAGGAUGUGAUGUCAAUGUUACUGAUGAUGAAGGUAACACAGCUCUUCAUCAUGCCUGUGAACACGAACAUGUCUCGGUAGCUCGUGUGUUGAUUGAAGCUGGAGCAAAUGUUAACAAAUUAAACUGUGAAUAUGCUUCUCCUUUACUGGCGCCCUCCCAAGUACCGAACAUUGAACUGAUGAAGAUGUUGCUGGAGGCUGGAUCUGACCCUAAUGUGCUUGGAGGUGAUUGUCUUCGCUGCUGUAUUGCAUUAAACAGCCUAGAAGGGGUGGAACUCUUAUACAAAGAGACCAAACUCUGCGUGUAUGAUAUUGAUGGUUUGAGUACAAGAUUGAGGCUCCUGAAAGCCCGAAAAGAGCUGAGUACGGCUGACCUGUCCCCAGUAGCUGCGGACAACAUGGCUAUACCUCCACUACACAUGGCUUGUAGUAUGGACAGGUCAGACUCCUGGAAGAUCGUGGAACUGAUCCUGAAGAUAGGAGCUGAGAUCCAUAGGGAAGAUUAUGCUGGCUUCAAUUGCUUACAACAUGCUUGUUCCAAUGUCAAUGUAGGGAUCAUACAUUUACUUUUGGCCUACGGAGUUAACCCAGAGACUGAGGGUUGGAAGCCAUUAUGGAAGGUGUUCUCUCCGGGUAUAUCACAGCAACAAGCUGAAAUCUACUUCAAAUCUUUAAAACUCAUUGUGAUGGCUGGGUUCGAGAUGGACGAGGAGUCUGCGAGGGUAUUCGGUGCAGCUGUAGAAGAAUCCGAUCUGUCAGACAUGGGGAAGAUGGAGUUUAUAGCCUUCAUCCAUGAGUGUAGCUCCACACCGCUCAGGCUGACCUCUCUGUGCAGGAUAAAGAUUCGCCAGUGUAUUCCUGUCAACAUUGACCUCAACAUUAAGAGACUUGAAUCCAGGCUACCAGCUGCAUUCCUGGGAUAUCUGAGGUUUUCUGACAUCUUUAAAGUGAGCUAGUAGAAAAGUGUUCCUGGAUAUUUUACCUGUGAACGUAACAGAGUUUGUGCUUUUUGAUAGUAAAUAUUAAUGCAACAAGUUUGCACUUUGUGGUAACUUGUGAGAAUCAGUGGUAGCCAAGCAGACCAAGACAUCAAGCCUACAAUUGCCACUAUGACAUUAUCCCAUCAAUUGCCACUUGGACAUUGUGCCUAUAGUUGCCACAUUUAUAUUGCCAUCGUACUCUUAACUCUACAGUUACCUCUUGGACAUGGACCCUAUAAAACAAUUGCCUAAUGGAUAUUGCAACUGAACAUUAACACUACAAUUAACAUUAACACUAUGCUUGACAUUAACCCUACAAGUUUUGUUUGUUGUUUAACGCUGCACUCGGCAAUAUUCCAGCUAUAUGACGGCGGUCUGUAAAGUAAUCCAGUCUGGACCAGACAAUCCAGUGAUAUUUAUCAUGAGCAUCGAUCUACGCAAUUAGGAUUCGAUGACAUGCAUCAAGCAAUUCAACGAGCCUGACCACCAGAUCCCGUUAGUGGCCUCUUACGACAAGCAUAGUCGCCUUUUUACGAACCCGACAAGUGACAUCUCUACCAUGUAUGUACCAUGUACUAUUAACUGUCAGUUGGACAUUUACCCGACACAUUCCACUUGGGACAAUUGUCCCUUUGAAGGCAAUUGCCAGUUAAAACAUUUGUGAUCUGAGGUCUGUGCACCAGAUCACUUCCCAAGCUACUGCUUAUGCAUACUACUCAAAAGAAGUUAAAGAACAGACUAUUAUUUUCUUCUAUGUAAGAAUUGGGUGUUCUUAAACUUUUUUGAGUAGUAUAUGUUUGACAGAUCAUUCAUUGUUUGGGAGUUCACAAUAAACUCUGGAUAUAAUGACCUCUGAGUGACCUGUAAUCUGUCUGUUUAUCUGUCAUUUGCUGGUGAAUUGUAGCAAUAAUUACUGCUUCUCUGGAGACCCCCUCCCAUCGUAAGAGGCGACUAAGGGGAUCGGGUGAUCAGGCUCGCUGACUCGGUUGAUGCCUCACAUCAUAUCCCAAAUGCAUAGAUCGAUGUGCAUACAUGGUGUUAGUCACCGCAUUGUCUGACUCCGCCGUCAUAUAACUGUAAUACUUCGGCCUUAAACAUCAAACACCACUUGGUGAGAGUUUGGUUUAAGGCCGCUUUGAACAGUGAGUGAGUGAAUGAGUAUGGUUUUACGACGCUUUUAGCAAUAUUCCAGCAAUAUCACGGCGGGGGACACCAGAAAGU